CGGUGCGCUUUGGGUACGUUUUAUCGUUACCAGCUACUAGCUGCAGAAACCUAUGUCACAUUCGCUUAAUGGAACAAAAUGCAAAUAAAGUAACGAAACUGUGUAGUUAAGGUGAAAAAAAUAUAUAUCUUGGAAAAUACAAUGUAUACGGUCCGAAAGUUUGAAGGAAAUAAGCAGCCAACACCAAAGCAAAACAUGAUACAUUUCAUUGACACUUGGCUCACUGAGCGUGUAAAUUCCCCAUUCAUGUGACAAUAAAUACCGAGAGAUAAAAAACUAUAAAGCGCCGAUCAUUUCUACGUCAAAGCAGAAAAGUAAACCAAUAAGGGGGAGAGACGGGCGAAGUUGGUGCGGCAAAUUAAGUCAUUGUUGACCAAUGGUAGAGGCGGAAGGAUAAAGAAAGACGCGAUUGGCGAAGAGGAAAGGUUCCCCGUAUUAAAAAUAGUCGUUUCUCUUUUCUCAUUGGUUGAACGGAAAUCAAUCUGAGGGGCAAUGGGCGGGACAAUGGGAGGGACUCUGCCGUGUCCGCGAGGGGGGUGUACACCAGGGAAGACGGAGGGACGGACGGAGGGCCAGGAAGGAGAAGCGGGCUGCUGGUGGUGAAGAUGGCGGAUGGAGACAGCGGGAGCGAACGCGGUGGAAGUAGCGGAGGCGGAGGGGGCAGUGGGUUCCAGCACUUCCAGAGAGAGCAGGAGACGCAGGAACUGGCGUCCAAGCGGCUUGACAUCCAGAACAAGCGCUUCUACUUGGACGUGAAGCAGAACUCGAAGGGCAGGUUCAUCAAGAUCGCCGAGGUCGGAGCCGGCGGCUCCAAGAGCCGCCUGACCCUCUCCAUGUCGGUAGCGGCCGAGUUCCGCGACUACCUGGGCGACUUCAUUGAGCACUACGCGCAGCUGGGGCCGAGCAGCCCGGAGCAGAUCGCGCAGUCCUCCGGCGGCGAGGACGGCGGGCCGCGGCGGGCCCUGAAGAGCGAGUUCUUGGUCCGCGAGAACCGCAAGUACUACCUGGACCUGAAGGAGAACCAGCGCGGCCGGUUCCUGCGGAUCCGGCAGACCGUCAACCGCGGGCCGGGCUUCGGCGUCGGGGGCCCCGGGGGCGGCCUGCAGGCCGGCCAGACGAUCGCGCUGCCGGCUCAAGGCUUGAUCGAGUUCCGCGACGCGCUCGCCAAGCUCAUCGACGACUACGGCGGCGAGGACGAGGAGCUGAGCGGCGGCGGCGGCGCUGCGGCGGGGGGCUACGGCGAGCUUCCCGAGGGCACCUCCAUCAUCGUGGACUCGAAGCGCUUCUUCUUCGACGUGGGCUCCAACAAGUACGGCGUGUUCCUGCGCGUGAGCGAGGUGAAGCCGAGCUACAGGAACUCCAUCACGAUCCCCUUCAAAGCGUGGGGCAAGUUCGGCGGGGCCUUCUGCCGCUACGCCGAGGAGAUGAAGGAGAUCCAGGAGCGGCAGCGGGACAAGAUGUACGAGAGGAGGGACGAGUCGGAGGGCGACGACGUGGACGACGACUGAGGGGAGCGCGCGGCCGCGCACGAGUCGAGUGUGACUGAAGCCGCGCGAUCGCCGCGCGGAAGCGACCUGAUGAUGAACGUGCAUGAAGAAACGAUUCGAAUCACACUUGCAGAGUCAAAGGAGGCCGAGUCCGCGUGCGCCAGGAACCCCCCCCCCUUCAAAAAAAGAAAAAAAAAGAAAAAAAAAAAGUGGUGUCCGGCCUUCCACGUGGGGGUGUUUCCAAAAAAAAAAAAAAAAAAAAUUAGGCUGCCCUAGAGCUGGAUACUUGUCCCCUGGGUAAUACCAUAGUACAGCUGUUUCCCCUCAGUGACCUAACGACCACAACUCGGUUUUUAUACCUAAAACACACUCUCUGUUUUGAGCAGUGCGUUUUAGAAUAUAAACAUGGACAUUUCUCACCAAGGUUAUUUAAAAAAAAAAAAAAAAAAAAAAA